AUGGACCUUCGUCUGACACUCCUGUUGAUCGCUCUCUGCAGCCCAGGAGUCACUAAUGCUCAAGUGGCAGAAAAUGAGUCAAUUCCUCUGGUGCCUCUUAUUCCCUUGAUGCCCAGCCACCACAGAGAGAAAGUAGAAAAUGAAAGUACAGCACAACCAGGACACGUGCAUACCACAGAAGCACCUGAACUUGCAACAGCCAUAACUAUUGGGCCAAACAGGAGCUCAUCAGAGGAAGAACAUGACGAAGAUUGUCUGUCUGUCGGCCGGAGCCAACAGUCAAGGGAGGCCAUCGCUGCAGCCAUUCAGAGACUGGGUGUGCAGCUGCUGCAUAACCUGGAGACAACGCCAGAGCAGCCAAAUGUCAUCAUAUCUCCUCUGAGCAUAUCAUUAGCGCUCUCCCAACUGGCUUUGGGCGCAGUAAAUGAGACAGAGGAGCUGCUGAUGCAUCAUCUACAUGAAAACACUCUCCCGUGCUACCACCAGUCGCUGCAUAACGUCUUAGCGCAGCUCAGAAACAAUGACCUGCAAAUUGCCACACGCAUCUUCCUGCGCCAAGGGUUUGAGCCAAAGCAAGAAUUUGUCUUUGAAUCCCGGAGGUUAUAUGACUCUGAACCAGCAGUAUUGGAGAGCCUGCAGCAGAUAAACAACUGGGUAGAGAAUGCUACAAAUGGAAAGAUGACCGACUUCCUGUCUGCUUUACCACCAAAUCUGCUCCUCAUGCUCAUCAAUGCUGUCCACUUCAAAGGAGAGUGGAAAGCUCGAUUUGACCCGCGCUUUACCUCUAGAGGCGUGUUCUACCUUGACAACAAGCGCAUGGUUGAUGUUGAAUUGAUGGAAGAUGCCAAACACCCCUUGAGUGUAUUUAUUGAUAAUGAUCUGGAGGCUCAGGUAGCGCGCUUCCCAUUCCUGAAGUCAAUGAGCUUGUUGGUGGUCAUGCCUAUGUCCGGCCAGGUGAAUGUGUCUUCACUUUCCACAAGGCUGAAUAUCUUGGACUUGUAUCGUCGUCUGCCCAAGGAGAGAGCUGUUCAAGUUAAAGUCCCCAAAUUCAAACUGGAGUAUGUUCAAGACCUGAAGGAUGUUUUCACUAAAUUGGGCCUCGGAGAUAUGUUUUCCAGUCCCAACUUGGCUGAUAUGGCAGACGGCCCUCUGCUGGUCUCCAGCGUGAUGCAUAAGUCCAGCAUGGAGAUAAAUGAGGAGGGUGCAGAGGCUGCUGCAGCCACCACUGUAGUCAUCUCACGGGCAUCGCACCCUGUUUUCCACCUCAACCAACCUUUCUUCUUUGCCCUCAUGGAUGAUAAAACUCAAGUGCCCAUUUUCAUGGGUGUCAUUAACAACCCAAAUCCUGGUGCUCCUAUUUUGGAGAGAGGAGAAUUUGGAAGCAAAGAUAAAGUGGGAUUCCCAAUUGAUAAAGAUGAUGUAAGCUCAUUUAGAGGCCCACCUAAGUAG